AUGGCUUCGGAAUUUCGUUUUUCGCACGACUCCAAGUCAACGUACGAAGUAAUCACCUUGAAAAGCUGGUGAUUCUUUACGAGGGUGACGAGGAAAAUUCUACGGAGUCAGUAUUCGUCCGACGGCACGCAUCUAAAGUUUUGGCGCGCGCGGAAAAAGGCUUGGAGAGCGCGCCAGCGCGCUCCUUAUCUGUUCCGUGACUUCAGAUGCGUGCCGUCGGACGAAUACUGAUUAAUUUCACUUGAUUUCUCGAGAACGAGUUUAUUAUGAUGCAAACUAAUAAAGAGACACAAAAAGCACGCACGUCGCAGUCAUAUUUCGAAAAAAGCUAUUUUGGCAGUGAUCCCAAGACAUUUCAGCGAGUUUCUCGUUGCUGCUUGCGAGUUUCAAUCAUAAUGAACUCGUUUCCAAAAAAUUAGGAAAAAUGAAUGAGUAUUCUUCGAACAGCACGCAUCAGAAGUUUUGGCGCUCGGGCCAGAAUAGACUUGGAGAGCGCUGAGUCCGCGGACAUACAAAAAGACAGACAGGCAGACGCCUCACGGGCCGGCAAUUCAUACAUUGGCCGAGAAAAUUUUGCGCCUUGCGAAACUUCGGCCACGUGUGUUUUUUCAACACACGAACUGGUUUAUCUGCUAUAAAAGAUUCUCUGGCAGUUUUAAGUGAUUCAUUCGUGUUUUGUCAUUGAAGUUAAUACACUUCUUUACUUUGACUUCCGUUUUUAUUAAUUUUCACAGGUUUUCCAUCGAAGUUUUUGUAACAUUCGCUAAACAUUGAGAUUUCCGCUCCGUGACGUUUUCAGAAACCUUACAUCGAUCGGAGUUCUGGCUCAAAUUAUCGAAUACAAUAGUGAGAAACUUUUGGCAAAAAAUCAGAGCCCUCUGUGAUCAAAAUCUCAACUUUUUUUAUCGAAGUUUUUGUAAAAUUCACUAAAAGUCGAUAAUUCAGCUCCGUGACGUCUUCAGAAACCUUACAUCGAUCGGAGUCCUGGCUCAAAUUAUCGAAUACAAUAGUGAGAAACUUUUGGCAAAAAAUCAGAGCCCUCUGUGAUCAAAAUCUCAACUUUUUUUCGGUUUUUCAUAAAUUUCCCGAGAUAUAAGGGUGUGAGGCCGAAAAGGCCGCAAUGUUCGCAAAAAUUCGGCUUUUCCAGCCUCUAAACUUGGAUCAAAGAUGUUUCAAGCCAAGUCCAAGAAGCCUGCACGGUAUGGACCCGAUCCGGUUAUUGCGUGGAGUCAACACUCUCAUCAACAAGUCAGAACGCUGAUUAUCGUCAAUUCAGAACGCUGGCAUGUGAAUGCUCUACAUCGAAAGGAUAUGCGCCGGAAACUCUCCUCUCAAAUAUAAUAAAAAAAUUGGAAGACACAAUUCUCCACAAAUUAAUAAAUUUAGGGCUAA